CAGUAGAGUUUAGGUUAGCAACAGCUCCAUCGUUGCGACUGAUCCAUAUCCACGGUAUCCACAUCACAGUUUAUGUCCUUGUCGCGGUGAUCAGUAGUGAGAUAUAUUCAAAACACCGGGUCUACGUUGAUACGAUUGUCGUGGAUGUUUAUUACCAGUGAAUUGAACCGGACGCAUCUACCCGUUUUCGUUUAUACGCUAGAAAGCAUUGUGUCCAAAGUGUAUGUGAUUAUGACCUUGUUGACUGUGGAUUUUCAUGAUCAAUCUUCGCAACGCAGCUGUCGUGUGAAUGAAGGAAUUGACGACCUGCAAACUUUCCUCGAACUAGACAGCGAUGAUUUUGCACGUCUUAAGCUUCGCACCAAGGUCAUCAAGUUCAUACAACGUGUGCAGAAGGAAUUUUACGAUGAUCCAGUACUUGAAGAAAGACUUGAGGAGUGUGACGAGGAUGUCCGAGAUAAAGUUCCAAGCUCUGUAGAAGAACCUGACGACACACAGUACGAGGACACAACGCCGGAUGGUAGUAAUGACUACCGAGGAAUUGUUCUAGAAACAAUCAUUGACGUAAACGUUAUUUUCAAACGCACUCCAAAUGGUAGAGAAAUCAUCGAGCUACUAAAGGAAGGACUCAAACCGAAUGACAGCUGUAUGAGUGCAAUUAAACGGAUUCUAUGUGAUUACCUUAAAUCAGCAUUUGGAUUGCGUCCGUCGGCUUACCACAAAAACUUGCUCGCUAAGAGUCUUGUCCACACUUAUCCGGCACUGUCGUCAACAACAUUGGAUGUGCCGCAAGCUUUGUGGUUCCAUCCCAAUGGCCGGGGUAAACAUCGCCACAGUGGACGCUUGCAUUACCAUAUGGAAUACCUAGCAAGGACCUCAGGCAAUCGUAUCAUCAACCGACGUAAACUGCAAGUCGAGGAGAUCAAAAUUGAAGAAAAUGAUUCAGGAAUAUGUUCAGCACAAGACAUUGACCUGGACGCAGUGACUCAAGAACUAAAAUUCCUUUGUCCAGGACCAAAUACGAAACUACGCGCAGAAGAACUUUGGCAUCUAACCUUCCAUGAACGUCAGGAUUUACGCCUAAAUAAAACAUUCUUCACCUAUCUCGAGACGUAUCCGGUUGCAACCGCAUUUAAUGGUUGCAUGAUUUUGUUGGAAUUUCGUACAAUGCAUCCGAACGCACCUGACUUCACAAAAAAACUCGAUGAUUUGCAACCAAAAUUAUUAUCGCGCUAUUGCGAGCUCUUCAAAUACGUGAAAGAUGAUUUUAUUCGAAUGCUCAUGAUCGUGCGGCAGAAAAGUCCAAGCCGUGGAGCAAAGCGAACUCGAGAUGCAGAUUCAACGAAAGAUAACAUUCUGAAGGGAAUUGUAGAAUGGAUUAAGCCUGAAGAUCAGUAUCCGGAAUCGAAUGAGGUGCCGAUGCUUUACAUCAAGGGAAACUUUCUGGAGAGUGGUUCAACCGCUGCCAUUACAUGGAAACAACAUAAGAUUUUAAUGGAAUCAGACCUUAAACAUUGCUUCCGUGUGCUUUGUGAAUCUAUGAUAGUAUUCAACACUAGUUGUCAGCCUACAGAUAAGCAGUUCUAUGCGUUCAUUUCCAAUGCUCUUCUAGGAGUAGGUCAAUUAACUACGACAGGUGAACGUCUCAUGCAAAGUAUUGCUUAAUUUUGUUCUAUUUGAUUCACGUUCGCCUUCAAAAGGCUUUUAUUUCUAACGU